AUGAUCAGAGACGGGAGGCUGGCUGCAGCAGUGGCUGCAGCUAAGGCGGCAGCAGCUGAGAAGGAAGCAACGGCAGAGAGAGCAGCAGCGGCUGCAGAGAGGACAGGACCGGUAGGGGAGGAGAGAGCAGCUAUAGCAAGCGAAACGACAGCACAAAUUCCCACAGGCGCCACAGCUGCAGCGGAUUUCACUGUUUCUGCUGAAGCAACAGGUGUGGUUAGAGAUGGGCGGUUGGCGGCAGCUGUGGCGGCUGCAAAAGCAGCAGCAGCAGCAGCGGAGGGAUCAGCAGCAGGGGGAGCAGCAAACGAACCGGUACAGGGAGGCCUACGCGUCACCGCUGCUGCAGAUUCCUUGAAUUCUGCUGGAGCAGGGGGUGUGAUAAGAGAUGGACGGCUGGUGGCGGCUGUGCCUUCAGAUGGACGGUUGGCAGCAGCCGUGGCUUCUGCAAAAGCAGCAGCAGAAAUGGAGAGAGCCGUGAAAGAAGCAGCAGAGCGGAUCGGGGACCCCAAUGCUGCUGUGGGUACCACUGUGUUGCGGCUGGAGGAGGAGGUAGAGAGGGAGCUGGCGAGGCAGGAGAAACUGGUGGAGCUGAUUGCCGUGGCAGGGGCUGACAUGCCCACACUGCCCGUGCAGGUGAGAACCGUGGCGGGAGAAGCGCCCCUUGACACCUACCCAACCACUGCCUCUCAAAACCCACCACAACCCCAUCCCCUGCCUUUCCCCAACCUCUCCACCCCUCCAUUCUCCCCUGCCCAACAGGAAGAGCAGGACAGAGCAGAGCGGCAGCUGCACAGGGACGUACAUCACUGGGGAGACGAGGUGGCACACUCACGCACGCUGCUGCUUGCUUGCUCUAGAGCCGCCGUUUCCAUUUUCCCCAAUUUCUCCCCGACACACGUGCCAACAGGAGGAGCAGGACUGCGCAGAGCGGCAGCCGCACAGGGAAAGUCACCCUUUCCAUCUCCCCCAAUCCGUCCUCGACACUCGUGCCAACAGGAGGAGCAGGACCGGGCUGAAAGGCAGCUGCACAGGGACGUGCAUCACUGGGGGGACGAGGUGGCACAAACACGCAAGCUGCUGUUGGAGCUGACGGUUGAAAGGGUCAACCUGGAGCGAGCGCUGGAGCAGGUUCACUGGGCCGUGGGGUCGCCUGGUGCUACACUCAAGCUGCUGCUGGAGCUGACGGUUGAGAGGGUCAACCUGGAGCGAGCACUGGAGCAGGGGUACUGGGCCGUGGGGUCGCCUGGUGCUGUGUGCGCCGUGCACACUGCUCAGAUGCAGCUGUUGCAGCUGACAGCGCAGAGGGAGGUGCUCAAGGAGCUGAUUCAGAACGAGAAGAAGGAGAAUGAAAAGGUGUGUUUCGUGGGGAAACGGGACAAGGGAAGCGGAACAAUGGAAAGAAGGACCAGGGGUGAGUGCACAGCAGAGGUUGCAGCUGACAGCGCAGAGGGAGGUGCUAAAGGAGCUGAUUCAGAACGAGAGGAAGGAGAACGAAAGGGUCGAACGGGGGUAGAAGAAGAUGAGGUGGGGCAUCUCACGGGAGGGAGUGAUGGCAAUGCGGUGGGGGGAGCAGGCAAGGGAGGGGGAGGAGGGGCAGGGGGAGGGGGGAAGAGUCGACUGAAGGUCCUACAUAAGCUGAAGAAAAAGGUGAGCUCAGCAGGAGUGGGGGCGUGGGGGGGAGGAGCGGGGGGAGCUGCAGGAGGGGGAGGAGGGGGAGGCGGAGGGGGGGAUGAGGCAGGAGACGGGGAAGAGGGGUAUUUCCCUGGUGGGGGGAUGGGGUCGCCGAGAGGGGGAGAGGGGGGGGGUGCAGCAUGGGGUGGGAUUCCAGGAGCACACCGUAGGACUGGCAGCGGUGGGGAUACUGAUUCUGUGAGUGGAAUUGGGUAUAGUGCUGGUGCCGGUGCUGGUGGUGCUGUUGGUGGUGCUGCUGGUGGGGCUGGGAACAGCAGUGGUCAUCCGGCCGGUGCCAGCAGUGCCAAGCCUCUGAGCCGUGGCAUGUCUCCGUUUAGGAAGUUGGGGCGGUAUUUAUCGUCCACUGAAGCAGACCUUAGGAGCUUGGCUGAUGGUGCAGUGGCGAAGGGCGGCGGUAAGAUGGUGCGUGGGCGGCGUGUUUCGGAUGUACCCUUGCAAUCGGACCGAGAUAGCAGCAUCAGCAGCACCCACAGCAGGAAAAAGGCUCCGAGCUACCCUGGCAGAGGGGAGGUGGAAGAUGACAAGGAAGGGGGGAUGAGAAGAGGGGAAGGAAGAGACGGAAGAGGGGGAAGAGAGGGAGAGUUGGCUGAGGACGACGACGAUUCCUUGCCGCCUCAAGCUAUAAGGUCUGCCACUCAGCCAACCCUCAAGCGCUCCUUGGCUCGCCGCGCAUCCGACACUAGACAGGACCUCAAUAACCUGGAUUUUCCUGUGGCAGGGCCUCCCGACCUGCCUCCCUUGGCUGCUGCUGAGAUUUCCAGUGGUGCGAGUGGGAGUGAGUCUCUUAUGCAGUCCCAUACAGGAAAGGAUUCGGGCAGCUCUGUUGUGGUGCCAGCAGGACUUGCAGCCCUAGAUUUGAAGCUUGGAGCUGCUGGGGGCAAGGGAAGUGAGGCAGGUGAAGGGAUGAAGGGAGUGAAGGGGCAGGUGGGAGGGGAAGGAAGGCAGGAGAGAAGGGCGGGAAGGCGAGGGGAAGACGAUUCCGAAGAGGAGGAGGAGGAGGAGGAGGAAGAGAUGGAGAACAUGGCACAUGGCGCAUGCUCUCCUGGAGUGUUCUCUCGGUUCAACCGCAGCACCUCUGCCAUCCACCGCACUGCCUUUCCUGCUGCUAACACUCACGCUCCUCCUAUUGCCGACCAUGGGCAUGCACCGGGCAUACACGCUGGCUACGCUCGGAACAAUUCCGAGCCUGGUGGUGUUGCCGCCGGAUUUGUUCAGAACAAUUCCGAACCUGGUGAUGAGGCUCGGGAUGGCUUGUUCAGUGACCGAGUCAGGUCCGGCCUGUCUGAUGGUUCGGAGAAUGUUUUUGGCUGGGGAGGGCAGGGAGGUUCGGUGAGUUUCAGAAUGGAGGAUCAAGAAGCGAGGGAAGGGGAGCAGAGAGGGCUGUUAUUUACUGGAAGAGAGGACAAGGGAACUGGAGAAGCCUCCAAGGAGCAGGACGGAAGCUGCAGGGUGGAACAUCCUAAUGUGCUUGUAUUAGAUGAUGACUAUACAGGAGGGGAAGAAAGCACAAGCCCUGCAGAUGAAAACGCAGCAGAUCUUGCCGGAGAUUCUCAAGCUGCUGCAGCCCAUCAGAAGUUCCUGGCCGUUGGAUCUUUCUCCGAGAUGGUCCUGGGGGGGCUGGAAGGGAGGGUAGGGGAGGGAGCGGCACGGGAUGGGUGGCAGGCGGAUGGAGAGGACGGAUGGGCAAAGACAGGGGGUGAAAAUCAGGAGGAGCUUCGGGAGGAGGAUGGGGAAUGCGAUGAGGGGGAAGGGGGGAGCGUACACCUGCGGGGGCAGGAGGAAGGUAUGUUUGGGUCGACUCAAGAUGAGAUGGUGUGUGAGGGGAAAGAGGAAGGGAAAGGAGAGGGGGACGGGGAAGCGGAGGUGGAUUUAGAAGCUUUCGUUGAAGGAGAGAGUGAGGGAAGGGUAGGGUGGGAAGCGGGUGGUCGUGGUGGAGAGGUGAUGGAGGAGGUGAAGAUUUCUAAUACGAGCACUCUGCAGCAGCAGCAGCAGCAGCAGUAUCUAUCAGCAAUGCUAGGCGCCCUGAUUUCUGCAACAGAGGCAGAGCUUGCAGGCAAAGGAAAGAAGGAGCAGGGGAAGAAGGGCAAGGAAGGAAAGGAGAAGAAGAGCCGAGGAUUUUCCAAGAGAGGCGGUAAGGAAGGGAAGGCUAGUAGCAGCGGCGGCAGUGGCAGCGGCGGUGGCAGCGGCAGUGGUGGUGGGUCUGGAUUCGAUUUCAACCUGCUUGGAGGAACUUCUGGGAGUGGGAUGGCGGGAAGUGAUGGUGUGUGUAGCACUGCGAUUGUCACAGCAGGUGCUGCAGCAGCAGUUUCAGCACCGCCGCGUUCUCAGCAGCACCCCAAGCCUCCGCUUGGUUUGGCGGCAGGCUCGGGAGCAGCCUCGGCAGCUGCCGAACCUGCCAGCCGUGCGCCGGCGCCCAGCGGCAAUGUGUUUGCGAAGAUCGACUCGCCGGAGCAGUGGGCGUCUGCUGACAUGGCAGGAUUGCGUUCGUCGUCUGGCGUGGAUUUGCCAAGCCUUUCUGGACCUGCUGCCGAGCCUGUUUUCGAGCCUGAUCUGCAAAGCCCGAGGACGAAGAGCAUAGGCUCGGUAAAGGAGAAGGUGGCAGGCUUAGCUUCGGAGUUCGGUGUGGGGUCUGGUUCGGGACUGAUAGCCCCCAUUGCCAUGGGAACUACUUGUUUAAGGGCAGAUGAAGGAGCAGAUCGGGCAGCCACCGACUCUGCCCCCCUCUCUCUCGAGCUAGACGACUACCGCUCCCGCCCGUGCGUGCUCUCAGAAGAGAUGCUGAAAUCCAUUGCAACUAUCUACCUUCACCAUGCACACCCGGCCGUGUGGGGGCUGGGGGAGGGGCAGAAACGCGCUGCCGCCCUCCUGCUUGCGUCAGACGAGGCCCGUGCCACGUCGGGUACAGCCGGUGCCACGUCGGAUUCAGCCCGUGCCACGUCAGACGAGGCCCGUGACGCGGGUUCUAAGUCCCGUAGGGGCCUAGCUCUUGCCUCUGCUACAGCCAAGUCUGCUACAGCCAAAGCGCCCCAGUGGCUACGGUCGGCGUUUCCCGGGGGCAAGCAGGGGGCAGGAGGGGCAGCAGACGAGCGAGGGUGGGAGGGGACGGAAGAGGGGAACGUGCCCGGUGCACCUGAGGCGGGUUUUUCUGCUGCUGCUGUUGGCGCUGCAGACAUUGGCAUGGCAGGAGCAGCAGCCGCAGCAGCUGCUGCGGCAGGCGUUACAGAAGCAGGGUUUGCAGGGGAUAGACCAGCAGAGGGGGCUUUUGAGGGUAACCAGAAGCGGCCGGAGGGGUUUGUGGAUCCGUACGGGGCGUUGGAGGGGUAUCCUCACCUGCCGGUGGUGGGGGCGUACAGCAGUGCCAUGGAGAUCACUGCUGUGCCUCCGCCUGAAUCAUUCACCAGCGCCGAUGUCUUCCUGUUGUGCCGCUACCGUUGGAGGGGCAUCCCUCCCCUGCCGGUGGUGGUGGGGGCGUACAGCGGUGCCAUGGAGAUCACUGCUGUGCCUCCGCCUGAAUCAUUCACCAGCGCCGAUGUCUUCCUUCUCUGCCGCUACAGGAUGCUAGCGGAGCAGCUGGACGAUGUGAGCCCGGCGCUGCUCUCAGAGGACGAGCGCCUGGCCUUCUGGAUCAACCUGCACAACGCACUGCUGCUGCAUACGUUCCUAGUGGAUGGAUACCCCACAACACAUGCCAAGCGCAUCGCACUGCUCAAUCAGCCCACGUUCACCAUUCGGAGCACGGCCAUCAACGCAUUUGAAAUCGAGUUCUCCAUCCUCCGGGCACAGUCUUUCCGCUCCUCUCUGGCCACGGCACUCAAGGUCCGCCCCUUCCCUCCUAGCGACCACCGUUCCUCGUGGCAGCUGCAGUCCCCGCACCCCAAUGUCUCCUUUGCCCUCUGCUCCGGCACAUUCUCUGCUCCCCUGCUAAAAGUAUUCUCACCACGGACAGUGAGAGCAGAGCUGGAGGAGGCAAGAGAGGGCUUCCUUGAGCUGGCAGUUGGACUCAGUCGAGACAACCGCCUUGUUCUCGCCAAAAUACUCGACUGUUUGACGUCUAAGAGCGAGAUCCGUUAUGAGGGUGUACUGUACACCGUCGAUACGCAACAAGCCAACAUCGCCCUGCAAAACGUGCGCUCAUUCGGAACGGAGGGGCGAAAGAAGGACGGCCCGCAAAUCCCGCCCAGCGACAAGGUCUACGACUUUAUUAUCUUCCGCGGAACCGAUAUCAAGGACCUUCAAGUCAAGUCCCUGCCACGUCAGCAACAGGCUCCCCCUGCGCAACCCCCGCCGCCAGCGCCACCCCAAGCCUCCCCCCCGCCCCAACCGCAGCAGCCCCCGCCGCCCCAAUACCAGCAAACCCCCCCUUACCCCGGACCUCCCCCGCCUAACGCCUAUGGCCCGGGUCCCCAGCAUCCGCAUUAUCCCCCUCCGCCCCCUUCGGGCAUGUGGGGUGCUCCGCCUCCCCCGCAGGGGGGGAUGAUGGGGGGUCCUCCGCCCCACGGCGGAGGGGGAUAUGGUCCCCCGCCCGGUCCCCCUCCCCCGAACUAUUACCCCCCGCAUUGGCAGGGGUAUUAUCCGCCAGGCGCGCAAGGGCCCAUGGGCGGACCUCCGCCCCCCCCUGGGGGACCUCCGCAGGGUUAUCCCCCCCACAUGCAGCAGCAGCAGCCGCCGCCGCCGCAGCAGCAGCAUCCGGGGAUGCCCCCGCAGCAGCAGUAUGCGCCCAUGGGAGCGCCCCCUUCCGCUGGCCCUUCUGUGAAAACGCUUAUCCCUCUCAACCCCUUUGUGCCACUGAUCGGCUCAUUUGAUUCCCGGUUGACCUUCUGCCCCUCCCUCCCGCUCCCUCUUCCCCCCCUCCCUCCCGUUCCUGCUUUCCCAAACUCGACAUCUUUCUUUCUCAACCCGCUUGUGCCACUGGUCGGCUCAUUCAAUUCUCUGUUGACCUUCUGCCCCUCCCUCCCUCCCUCCCUCCCUCCCUCCCUCCCUCCCUCCCUCCCUCCCUCCCUCCCUCCCUCCCUCCCUCCCUCCCUCUCUCCCUCCCUCCCUCCCUCCCUCCCUCCCUCCCUCCCUCCCUCCCUCCCUCCCUCCCUCCCUCCCUCCCUCCCUCCCUCCCUCCCUCCCUCCCUCCCUCCCUCCCUCCCUCCCUCCCUCCCUCCCUCCCUCCCCCCCUCCCUUCCUCCCUCUCCCUCCCUCCGUCUCUCUCCCUCUCUCGCUCGUUCUGCUGUUUCUCUCGUCAGACACGUCAAGCCAGCCGCUGCUGCCACUGCCUCCGCAACAAGGCGCACAGCAGCCCAAUGGUGCACUGCAAACGUUGCUGCUUAUGCGGAGGAGUUUGAUUUCAGUGCGAUGAACGAGAAAUUUAACAAGGCAGAGGUGUGGGGCGAGCUGGGGGGGCAUGGAGGGCAGCAGCAGCACCACCCCCAUCACCCGCAGCACCAGCAGCAGCAGAAUCAGCAAGAGGAGAGGGAGGGCGAGGAGCAGGAAGGGGCAGGAGAAGAGGGGAAAAAGGCGUCCACCAACUACGUGAAGGAUGACUUCUUUGACUCUCUCUCUUGCGAUGCACUUUCUCGGGCCGGAGGGGGCCGGGGUGGUGGCAUGCGUGGUUCUGACAUGCGGCGGAUGGAUACAGAGACGUUUGGUGAUGUGGGUCACGGUGGUUACGGCGGUUACGGAGGAAGGGGGGGUAGAGGAGGCCGUGGAGGCUAUGGAUACUCCGGCGGUUACGGCGGGGGUUAUGGCAGGCGAGGCGGUUACCAGGGCGGGGGUGGUUACGGUGGAAGGGGAGGCUAUGGGGGAGGGGGUUACGGAUAUGGAGGGAGAGGAGGAGGUGGAUACGGGGGAGGUGGGUAUGGGUGA